AUGAAAGCAUUCUUGAACAGGUUCAACAGAGGCCUGUCAUCAAAGGACAGAGACAGAGACAGAGACAAGGACAAGGAAAAAGAAAAAGAUAAUGCCUCUAUACUUACCAAGGACCGUAGCGACAAUUCCUCGACCAACUCCCACUCACCCCAAAACCGAGAAAAGCGUGAGCUCGUUCAACUUCCCCCGCUUCCAGGAUGGCCUCCAUCAGAAAAUAGGCUCUCUAUUGAGCCUGUGAUUAGAGACACUAGUAGUAGACAUCUCACUUCUCCAGCCUUGAUCCAGAUACAACGAUCCACUAGUGCAGGCACAGUCAAUACCAGUGCAGGAACUCCUACUUCGAUUUCUUCCCAUAAACCCCUUCCAGAUAUCUGUUCAAGACCUUUACCCCCAAUCGAGGAGCCCCAUGACGAUGACAGUGGCGUUGGCCUCAUCAUUACACCGCACGACCCGGACCCCGCAACCCGCCGCAAGGCAAACGGUAGUACUACUACUAAUGGCACAUCCUCUGAUGUUCAGAAAAAGGUUGCCUUCCUUUCCCCUCCUCCGACGCCCUCGGCUCUCAAUUCCCAACUCCCGGACGCAUCCGUACCCAGCCCCUCUCAAAUCGUCCAGACGCCCUCGGGCGCCCCGCUCAAAACAACCCUAUCGCGUUUUCAGGCGACACAUGGCAAGGACACGCGUGGCUCUAUCUCCACAACCGCCUCGAGUUCACGCACAGACCUCGCCACAAAGUCUACCACCACCACCACCACCACCACCACCACCUCCACCACCACUCCAACGGCGUCUACCACCGUAACACCUGCGUCAUCCACCAAUACUGCCAAAGCCACGAGUACACGCACAGCAGUCUCCCCUUACCCAGGCUCAAUGCGCUCCGCCACGCCCUAUUCUCAAAUGUCCAAUGCCAGCAGCCGCAUUCUCGCAGUCACCUCAUGGAGCGAGGCUGCAGAAGAAGACCUUGUGAGUAACCUUGGUCCCCGUGAACGUACCCGCCAAGAAGUCCUAUGGGAGAUCGUGGCCUCUGAAGAGCGAUAUGUAAAUGACCUCACAAAAAUGAAAGAGUUCUUCAUCGAACCGCUUCUCCACCCAUAUGCCAUGUCUCCGCCUGUCAGCCCUACACCGACUCCGUUCAAUGAGUACGAUGACUAUAGGGUCGAGUCACCGCAGGAAUCGAUCGAUGUCUUACCUAUUGCUGCACGCUUCAUGAGCCCUCUUGGCUUCCGUACAGAUGGUGCCUCAAAGCCCGCAGAUGGUGCCUCCAAACCCGCAGAUAGUGCCUCCAAACCCGCAGAUGGUCGCAGCCUCGCUACUACCACACCUCAAAUCGAUGACGAAAGUGAUGAGGAUGCUGAUGACGUAGUAGGCGAGGGACUGCAAACUAAUCGCGCAAAUCCGAACCACCCUCGCUCGCCUUAUCACGGGGGAGGCAGUGGUGGCAAAGGGAUAACCAAAAUACGCGAUGUCCUACCCUUCCCUUCACGUUCGCACGCAUCCCUUCCUGCACCUCAGCGUAAGCUCGCUGCCUCGUCCUCACAAUCGCUGGGAGACAAGGAUAGGGAGCGGGAGCGCAAAGACAGUGCCAAGACUACUCCUACACAAGGUGCUCGGGUACUGCGCAAGUUCAAGCGUUCGACAACGCAGUCCCAUAGUCCCUUCCAGAGUGCUGUUCCUUCACAGCUCCUGCCCGAGGAUCUGCGUAUAUGCCUUGAGGUCAUCGAAAGCGGCGUGCUCGAUGGGCACGUUAAGCUCAGCGAAGGUCUGCUAAAGCGGUACGAGGAGCAAUACCCUCUCGUCCGGUCCCUCGCGGACGUAUUUGUCUCAAGUUCCCAUAUCUUCCAAGGCUACGCAACAUACGUCCUGCAUCUCGAGCGUGCUCUUGAGCAGGUGGAUAACGCUUUGAGCACUGCCAGCGCUGCCAAGAAGCCCAAGAACCAAGAUGCCGCUGAAUGGCUCAAGGUUUGCAAGUCCCUGCAGCGGCUGGAAGAGCUUGCGGCCGAUAAAGGCGAGACAGGACUUGCUAUCACCCUCUCGAAGCCCUUCCAACGCCUCCUCAAGUACCCUCUUCUCUUCCAAAACCUUCUCUUCCACACAGAUCCGAGUACCUUUGAGUAUGAGAGUACUCUGCAGAUGGUCGCAGAAGUCGAGACGAUCGUGCGCAGCAUCGAGGACGAGAAGAUCCAGAAAGAGGACCGUGACAAAACGCGCGAUGUGUUUGCUCGCAUUGAGGGGCUUGACAAGGUGAAGCAGCUUGCCAUUCCGAAGCCGUCAAGAUUGCUGCUGGAGGAACGGCAGAUUCUUGGGUCUAUGCACGGAGGUUCGCAGAAAGGCCCAGGGUCGAGCCCGCCGCCGGUUGUCAAUGCCAAGGGCGUAAAGGGUAAAACGUCAUUCCGCCGGCUGAGUGAUGUGCUGGGCUCGGGCUCGGGCUUGGGAGGCAAGAAAGACUUGUGGCUUGUGGUAUUCAAUGAUGUUGUCCUACGGUGCCAGCGCACAGGGACAACAUCGCUACCUUUGGUUUCGGGGUCGAACUCGAGGACGAAUUCAUUGCCGGAAAUGCAGGGGAAGUCAAAGUAUGCCUCGGCAGGGCGGAGAAAUUCGCAUACGAGGCCGAGGAACCUGUACAAAUUUAUUAAGAUCGAGACUUGGGCGAUAGGAGAUGUCGUCCAGCCCAAAGAAGGGGUUGUUACUAUGGAAGACGUUGUACGUUCGAAAGCAGAAGCACGGUCUGCAGCGCAGCCUCGGAUCCUCCCUCUCCCUGCUGACGAUGAUGAAGAUGGCGAGGGAGAGUCGGACGACUCAGACAAGAAGAGCAAAAUGAGCUUCUCAUACUGGGGUGCAGACAAGAUCACCCUCCAGAAACCAGUCCUCAAACCCAAGCAACACACUGUCGUCGGUUCGACACGUCGUGUAUCUCCAGGCGGCACGUCAUCCUAUAGCAGGGAGUCCUCUGCAAACGCUAAGUUUGGGACUCGUCUAGCUUCGGGCGACAAUGGCUCUCAUUCUACACGCCCCAUGAGCCGGCGAACGCAAACAACACCUAGCACGCGCACACGUGUGAACCCUUCAGAGGACAGUCAUUCUAUGAAGGCUACUGUUACGCGACCCGCUUGGGACAUGAGCACACGCGGCAACCCACACGCGCCUGGCAUGAAGCGGUCACGCCAGACCUCACAAACGAGUGCAGGCGCCCGCGCAACCACCACCACGAACAAACCGCAAGUCUCGCCUGUUGCAUCAGAAGACUCGGGGGUGGGCUUGUACCGCCAAAUAGUGGCCCAGGAUCCAUCAUUGGUCCAGUAA